AGGGAUGAAGAGCACUUUACUACUUUUUUAUGUUGCACGCAUCCAUGGCAGAAAACAGAAGGCAUACAGAGUACUACAAGGACACGAGAAGGGAAGAGAAGAAGCCAAUCACACCAACACCCACCGAGUUUAACCCCAAGAGGAAGAAGAACAACAACUACUACAACAUAACAGAAAUGGGUUUCAUCAAUCAUAUCCAAAACAGUGCUUGAAAUGGAGUACUGUAGGGGGAGAAGAACGAGAAGAUGAAGGGAAAAAGAGCUGUUUCAGAGUUGCUGUGUGGGUGUUGGACAAGAUUGAGUGGUUUUUCCUUUUUUCUUGUUUUUGGGUUUAGAUGAAGGAUAUGCCCUUACCCUUGGAGUUAGAGGGGAAGGGGGUGUUUGAGAUUUGUUUGAAUUCUUUGCUGGAGAAGUGGAACAAAGAAGAGGAAGAAGGAGGUUGUUGUGUGGGCACUGAGCCUACCUCUGUCCUGGAUACUAGAAGAAGCCCAAGUCCUCCUACAUCCACCUCAACACUGUCUUCUUCUUGUGGUGGUGGUGGUUCAGAUACGGCCGGCGUGGCGGCGGUUUCCGGAAACCCUUCUCAGAAAUGGCCUCCGGCACAGCCGGACACCACAAGCUCCAAUGCUGGAGUUGAACUCCACCCAAUUCCCGCCUCUGUAGAUCUCGGGGCCGGUGAAAAAUGCGGUCUUGGAAUGGAGGAUUGGGAGAGUGUGUUGUCGGAGACGGCAGCCUCGCCCAGCCAAGAGCAGUCCAUUCUCCGGUGGAUCAUGGGUGAUGUCGAGGACCCAUCAGUGGGCUUGAAUAAACUGCUUCAAUCUGGUGGAGGUGGCCCUCCUGAUUUCGAAUUCAGCAGUGGCUUUGGGGUUGUGGAUCAGGGUUUUGGGUUUGAGCCAUGUCUGGGUUCUGGGUCCUCCAUGAAUGCACCUUGUCCUGGUUUUCCUCCUACCAGCAACAGCGUCAAUAGUAUCAAUCAUGGGAGGAUUGGUCCGGUUUCGAAUCCGAACCAACCUAAUUUCAAGAUUCAUAACCCUCAAAGCAACCCGAAUUUUGCAAAAUCGGGGAACAAUCUUAUGCCCAUUUCGUUUAAUCAGCAGCAACUGCAGCAACAGCCGUUUGAAGCUUUGGAUGAGAAGCCACAGAUUUUUAUUCCCCAGGUGCUUAUAAACCAGCACCAGGCUCAACAUACUCAAAACCCCGCUUUUUUCUUGCCAUUGCCCUAUGCCCAGCAAGAGCAGAACCUCCUCUUGCCGCCCCAGGCCAAGCGGCACAACACUGGGCCUAUAGGGAGCAUUGAACAGAAUUGUCCGGUUCCAAAGGUUCCGUUUUCGGAUUCAGGGCAGGAGCUGUUUGCUCGGCGACAGCAGCAGCAACAGCAGGCACAAGGGUUUCCUCAGCAGCUUCAGUUGCUUCCUCAUCAUCUUCAGCCAAGGCCGGCCAUGGGAAGUAAGCCGAAAAUGGUUGGGGAAGAAAUGGGGCACCACCAGCAGUAUCAACAGGUGAUAAUCGACCAGCUGUUCAAGGCCGCAGAGCUGGUCGAGACGGGGAAUUCAAUACUCGCGCAAGGGAUAUUGGCGCGGCUCAAUCACCAGCUCUCUCCAAUUGGCAAGCCUUUUCAAAGAGCUGCUUUCUACUUCAAGGAGGCCCUGCAAUUACUCCUCCAUUCCAACAGCAAUAACACCAACCCGUUGGCCACCUCGCCUCAUUCUUCACCAUUUAGCCUUAUCUUCAAGAUUGGAGCUUACAAAUCCUUCUCAGAGAUAUCACCGCUCAUUCAAUUUGCCAAUUUCACCUGCAUUCAAGCCAUCCUUGAAGCCUUGGAGGGCUUUGAUCGAAUCCACAUAAUCGAUUUUGAUAUUGGAUAUGGUGGGCAAUGGGCUUCGCUUAUGCAGGAGCUUGCCUUGAGGAACGGUGGUGCCCCUUCUCUGAAAAUCACUGCGUUUGCUUCUGUCUCCAACCAUGAUCAGCUUGAGCUUGGCCUCGCCAGAGAAAAUCUAAACCACUUUGCUAGUGAAAUUAACAUGGCUUUUGAACUUGAAAUUCUAAGCCUUGAUUCUUUGAAUUCAUUACCCCUUCAUCUCUCAGAGAAUGAAGCAGUUGCUGUGAACCUCCCAGUUGGUUCUUUCUCGAAUUACCCCUUACCCCUUCCUUUGGUACUUCGUGUUGUGAAGCAGCUCUCCCCAAAAAUUAUGGUUUCACUGGACCGAGGCUGUGACCGAACUGAUCUUCCAUACUCUCACCAUAUCCUUCACGCCUUUCAGUCUUACUUGACCCUUCUCGAGUCCCUUGAUGCUGUAAAUGUGAACUCAGAUGCCCUGCAAAAGAUUGAAAGGUUCUUGCUUCAACCUGGCAUUGAGAAAAUCGUCCUGGGUCGCCACCGCUCCCCUGAGAAGACCCCACCUUGGAGGACUCUUCUAUUAUCAUCUGGGUUCUCCCCAUUAACGUUCAGUAAUUUCUCAGAGUCCCAAGCUGAGUGUUUGGUGAAGCGGACGCCUGUUCGGGGUUUCCACGUUGAGAAGAGACAAUCUUCGCUUGUUCUCUGCUGGCAAAGAAAAGAUCUCAUCUCAGCUUCAGCUUGGAGGUGCUGAAGAGCAGCAUUUUCACAUUGGUAGUACCAAUUCAAUCCCAUCCUGAAGGUGCCUCAUAACUUACUGCUUUAGUCUCUGAUCUUUUUGAAUUAUCUUGCAUUACCCUUUGCUAAUUGUCUAUGUGGUUUAGGCAGAUUGUUUCCAAGUAAAAACCAAACAUUUUAGUAACUUGAGGGUCUAGUACAGUCCUCUUUCUUUCAGUCUUUCUAUCAUGGAUAUGAAUAUUUUCUGUUAUGGUGUUCUUAUGCUAUUGUGCCAAGUAGUAGUAGUGGCUUCUGGUUAAGGUGGUGGUGGCUGUUUGUUGUACACUUGACAACAAGGCAAACAAGAAAUGAAAACAACAACAAUUUAACCCUUCAACA